AGAAGAAACUAUUGACUCCAGACUGUACAAGGUUGUUCGUCAUGGGGGCACGGGUUGCGCGGUUGUUCCGAAACUUUAACAUAGAAAACCGGGUACUUCGGGAGCUGUCCAAGGAGAAGCCGGUCGCUGCGCCUCGACACGCGACCGGCGCUCCGACCCCGGUCAGCCCUGACGUGGUGAACGAGGUGAAGCAGAAGAACCAGCACUUACUGGACCUCCUCCGAACCGUUUACGUUGAGUCCAGAGACCCAGCAGCAGAACCACCAGAGGGGUCCAAGGCAGCGACUGUAGUGGAACAAUCCCAGUGCAGGCCCAUCAAGUUCAGCUUUCCUGUCAAGAUGGCCGGUGUAAUAGAACUCACAGAUGUCCCUAAAGGUAAAGUGACCCUGGUUGAGGCGCUCCGGGCCCUGGGCAGUCACCAGCACUAUCCUCAGACCUGGACGCCUGAAAAGAUCGCACAGGAGUAUUCCCUGGACUUAAAAGAUGUCAAAUCUGUCCUGGAGUUCUUUGUCCCUUUCGUCAUGGAGAUUGUUCCUCCAGCGAGCAAAACUGUCAAGCACAUAAAGGGUUCUUAAACCCAGCGAGAGUACCGCAGCGCGUCCUUGGAACUGGGUCGUCUUCAUCUUUUGGAUCACUUGUGAACACUUUGGGUUUAUGUGCCACUGGGGUUGCAGUGUUUCCUCCACCAUUGUCCAAGGAGGACGCCCUGCCCACCGAACUGCGCCCCUAAGCUAGCGGCACAGAAUACUGACUCGCUAGCUAAAAAGCUACAGAGGUAGCGCUCCGUUGUCCUCUCAUUGUCCUGUCCACACAUUAAAGUUGUUUAAGGUUGAUCUCCAUCCAUUGUCUUCCACUCUUUCCAAAGACACGUCGCGGGGCAGCAGUUUGAGC